AUCAGCUCCCAAUAUAUAAUCCAGGGACUGAACCUCACAAGUGUGAUUUCCAGGACAGGGAAGAGCAAACGACAAUGUUGGGCCUGAUUGUCCUGCUUCUGCUCUCAGCUGGUGCUGGGAGCACUUCCAUUCAGUUCAGGAACCUCAUUCAGUUCGGUGAAUUGAUUAAAUGUGCCAACCCAAGCAUCACUUCACCACUGCAAUUCAAUAACUACGGCUGUUACUGUGGAACUGGUGGAUCUGGGACACCAGUGGAUGACCUUGACCGGUGCUGCCAGACCCAUGACAAGUGUUAUGAAGAUGCUGACAAAAAAGAGAAGUGCAGAACUGUCUUUUCACCCAAAAUGAUACAUUACAAUUACAGCUGCUCAAAGGGGAAAAUCGAAUGUACAAGUAAAAGUCACUGCGAGAAGUUUAUCUGUGAAUGUGAUCGAAAGGCGUCCAUCUGCUUCUCGAAAGCAAAAUACAACCCUAAGAAUAAAGGCAUCAGUAAAUCUCGCUGCAAAUAGGAGGUCGAUCUGACCAUGUGGUUAUGAUUUUUCUUGACUUUAUCUAACAAAUACUUUCCUUCCAACUUGUGUCAUCUGUUUUAUUUCCAGGAACUCAAACAUCUUUGAACUCCAUAUUAACUAUGAUACUAUAAUCAAUAAUCUGAUUUAAAUCCAACACCCCUUAUCCUGUCUUACAUUAUUUGUGCCACUCAGAAAGAUAAAGAUUUUCAUCACUUUAAUCUUUCUCCCAAUGAAAGCACAUACUGGUUACUUUAUAAACCAAAAUCUGAAAGUAUCAUGUCAAUUUUGCUGAUAUUUUCACUAAAAGAAAUCUCAUUGAACAACCAUGAAUAAAUAUUAAUUGGGAUGAUAAUCAUUCCCUCAACCCAGACUUUCUUUAAAGCCUCAGCUGUGGAACCUGAGGAAAAAUCUGUUCACAUCAAGGUGAUGAAAACUUUGCGAUGGCCCACAACAGAUGCUCAGUUGGUUCCUUACAGGGCAUCUAAACACAAUAACGAUUGGAAGCUGCACUUGGAAAUCCAGUUGUGAUUAUACUCGGAGAUUGUUUGCAAUGACGUUGCUGGUGCCACUCAUAAUAUUAAGGUGAUGGGCAUGUAUCUUCUAUAAUCAAUUAAACCUGAU